GGGUGCAGGCCCCGUCGGCAUCCACGUCUGCCCGUCCGGCCGCCGUAGCGAUAGUUGGCGCUGGCGCAUUGGUCAGAGAAAGCAAACACAGCACCCAUGCCGAUUACCCGCCUCUCCAAAUUAAUUAGCAACGACUUUAUAUUAAGCGCACGGCGCGAGGUAGCAAAGUACCCCUCCCUGUCCGUCUGCUCGACCCGAUCAACUCAACUCGUCAGCAGCAAGCAACCAACCGCUCUUUUUAGCCCCCGCUCGCUCCACCCUCUCCUCCCCCUCCCUCCCCCACUCCGGCCGUCCAGAAAGCGGAGUGCCGCCGUCGACGAUCGCCGUCCGUCCAUGGUGAGGUCCAACUCCAUCGACAGCUGCUACUCCUCCAUCCAGGACGUCACCUACAGUUGCGGCUACUGCGGCUACGCGCUGAACCUGAGCUCGGCGGCGCGGAACACGGCGGGCAUCGGCUCCAAGUACGGCAAGCAGAUCAGGAAGAAGGGCGUCGUCGCCUUCGUCGCCGUCGACGAGACACGCUUCACGCAGGCCGACGAGGUCACCUGCGCGCCCCGCCUCCGCCCCUGGACCUGGCGCCUCUUCCGGCGGAGGUCGCGCCUGCUCUGCGGCAAGUGCGGCGGCCGCAUCGGCGCCGCCUACGAGGUCGAUGAGGACGAGGAGGACCCCGCCGGACUGUCCGCGUGCGCCGGCUCGGACGACGACGACCCGCGGACGAGCCCGGGCGACGGCGGCGGCGCCACCAGAAGGAGGAGCUACCUCAUCAGGAUCGGCGCGCUGCAGCCCUGCACGGAUGACUCUCCUGCUGCUGACGACCCCUUCUCUCUAUGACAGGCUGCGGCCCUCUAUUCCACGACACGGUUUGCUGAAUUUUGUUUCUUUGUUCAUAGCAAGUGCUACAGGAUAGACAGGGUUUGAUGUGUGUAAGUUGAUCCUAUAGUUUUUGUGUCCUGGUAAUGGAGUGAGCCAUGGUUGCAGUUUUGGGCCACCUUGUGUCUGUCAAUGGCUUAAUUAUAGCUUUCUGUGUGGGUUUUUCUUUUCCAUCAGCACCACCUACUUGAAGUACUCAUGAUAUCUAAAAUUGUGGAGACUGUUUUGAUUAUCGACAGAUAAAUACAAGUAUAUUUCAGUUUGUCAUCACUAA